GCCGUGCGGACAUAUUUUGUUGUUCGCUUUGCUCAUUCAUUGUACGCAUAACAUGGAAAGCCGUUUCUCUUUAUGAUUAAAAGUGUGGAGUCCAUUACCCUCUCAUCGUACCCUAGCAAAAUAAUAUUCAUGUCUAUCCCCGGAAUGCCUACGUUUGGUGAUGAGUGGUUCUUGCUCUCAUCUACCUUUGGAGCUGGUCUGGUUGGCUCGUGGAUGGGUGUGUGCUUGUAUGGGCUCACUACAACGCAGAUAUAUAUAUAUUUCCUUCAUUAUCCGAAAGACAGCCCAUGGCUUAAAUCGCUGGUUGCAUUUCUCUGGGCUGUCAACACAGCACAUUCCAUUUGCAUUUGCCAUCUUUGUUAUCAUUAUAUGAUAGUAGCGUUGCUGAGUCUGGAUUUCAGCCUGCUUUAUCGCAAUGUUUGGUCGUUGUCUAUGGCUAUCCUCUUACGUAGCGUGGUGUCCAUCACUGUCAUGCUUUAUUACGUGUCGAUAGUCUUUCGCUUAAACAGUGGGCGGGUACGAUGGUGGUUGACAGCAGUCCUCGGGCACAAUGUUGUUGUGCGCAUGUUGUUAUCACCAGAUCUGACAGGAAUCUUUGGAUUUGUCCAUAGUACAAUCCUACCCAGCAUGAUUGUGCAAGUCGUUGCAGAUGGAUUCAUUGCAGCUUCCUUGACCAGAAAAAUCAUUAACAACUUAAUAAUUUAUACUCUCGCCAUUCAUCCAAACGAGAUGUGGUAUAUUGGGGUUGAAUUUGCUAUCGUUGGGUUUUAUACGAACUCCCUCAUGACAAUGUUGAAUACACGACGUUCCUCUUCCGAAAUCAUAGAAACAACUCCGCCAAGCAGCCUCCAAUUCCAAAUGAGCUUCCCUAGUAGGAGAACUCGCAGUGGUGUUUGUGCCACAAACAAGGCUUCAGACGUCGAAAUAAUCUCACUUGGCGCAACAAGAACCGCCAGCUCCGAUGAUGAAAAUCACAGGGGGGUUGGAGUGAUGUCGGUGGUUUUUAACAACAUGAUAACGAAGCCAAAAAGUGGGCAAGAUGGGAACAAGCUCAGCUUGAAGAGAGAGAGAAAAGAGGACUCACACAUGUUCAUGUCUGCGAUGAUUACCCUAGCUACUCUCCAUAGCUUGCUACAGGGAUCUCAAUGA